AGUUUGGUUCAGGAGCCAAUCCAGCCACUGCAAGUUCUGGAGAAAUUGGUCCACACAUAUUUUUUGGUCAUGUACAAAGUUGAGUCAUUUCUAGAAGGAUGUCCUAGACACCCUAAGAGAAGUGUUCCACCAAGACAUGCCCAAGGUGUUCCUCCUUGAUGGUUCAAUCCCUGAAGGCUUUGCUUUGCCAAUGACCAGCUGAUAACCAAGGAAGCGCCGUCUUAAGAGUUUAAAGGAGUGCAGAACCGCUGCUAAAGUCCAAAGUUCAAGUUGGCAGGAAACUCACAGAUGUGUUAAUGUUAGCUUUAUCUUAGGAGAGGCUGAGACCCUCAAGCAAGACUCAAGUCGUAGAUAAAGGCAUUGAGGUCCCCAACAAGACCCAUAGAUAAAGUUUUGAGUCUUAGAUAAUGCCUCAACAAGACGCUCAAGUCGUAAAUAAGUACAACUUCAGUGCCGAAACUUUGACUUUUCAUCUUUGCUGUAGUUACGCUUUGGAAACGAGGUCCAGACUUACAAUCUGGCCUAGACUUGGACUUUUGAGCUCUAACAACUGUUACUAAGUCUGCUAUGACAAGUCAAAAUGAAUGCUGUACAACCAGUCCAGCAAGUCCAUAAGUGCUACCAAACACACCUUUUCCAGGAAUCUAACACAGAGUUCAGCUCUGACUGUUUAUUUCCUGGUUCCAGCCCCUUUCUCAGAUCUGCCAGUUUAGGGAUGGGUGUAACCAACAUGCUGUGAAGUGCAAGAGGCACAAGCCACUUUACUGCAGAUCAGCGUGCACACAAGAAGUGACGCUUUUAUUUGCUGUGAGGGAAGUGAAACUCUUCAGACGCUCCCCGUUGUUAAGAGGUGAAAUGGCGCAGCAACGAAACGAGGUGAGAUUCUGCUGUUCGAUCUGUCUGGAUCUACUGAAGCAUCCAGUGACUAUUCCAUGUGGACACAACUACUGCAUGAACUGUAUUAAGACCCACUGGGAUGAAGAAGAUCAGAAAAACAUCCACAGCUGUCCUCAGUGUCGACAGACCUUCACACCGAGGCCUGUCCUGCAGAGAAACACCAUGUUAGCAGAGUUAGUGGAGGAACUGAAAAAGACUGGACUCCAAGCUGCUCCUGCUGAUCACUGCUAUGCUGGACCUGAAGAUGUGGCCUGUGAUUUCUGCACUGGGAGGAAGUUGAAAGCCUUCAAGUCCUGUCUGGUUUGUCUGGCUUCGUACUGUGAGCAACAUCUCCAGCCUCACUAUGAAUCUCAGACUUUUAAAAAACACAAACUUGUUGAAGCCUCUGCUAAGCUUCAGGACACCAUCUGCUCCCGUCAUGACAAGGUGAUGGAGAUUUUCUGCCGCACUGAUCAGCAGUGUAUCUGUUAUCUCUGCUCUGUGGAUGAACAUAAAGGCCACGACACAGUCUCAGCUGCAGCAGAAAGGACUGAGAGGCAGAGAGAGCUCGAGGUGAGUCGACUAAACAUCCAGCAGAGAAUCCAGGACAGAGAGAAAGAUGUGAAGGAGCUCCAACAGGAGGUGGAGGCUAUCAAUGGCUCUGCUGAUAAAGCAGUGGAGGACAGUGAGAAGAUCUUCACUGAGCUGAUCCGUCUCAUGGAGAAAAGAAGGUCUGAUGUGAAGCAGCAGGUCAGAUCCCAGCAGGAAACUGAAGUGAGUCGAGUCAAAGAUCUUCAGGAGAAGCUGGAGCAGGAGAUCACUGAGCUGAAGAGGAAAGACGCUGAGCUGGAGAAGCUCUCACACACAGAGGACCACAACCAGUUUCUACACAACUACCCCUCACUGUCACGACUCAGCCAAUCUACAGACUCAUCCAGCAUCAAUAUCCGUCCUCUGAGGGACUUUGAGGAUGUGACAGCUGCUGUGUCAGAGCUCAGAGAUAAACUACAGGACGUUCUGAGGGACCAACGGACAAACAUCUCACUGACAGACACUGAAGUCCAUGUUUCACUGUCAGGACCAGAACCAGAGCCCAAGACCAGAGCUGAGUUCUUAAAAUAUUCACGUGAACUCACACUGGAUCCAAACACAGCAAACACACAGCUGUUAUUAUCUGAGGGGAACAGAAAAGUGACAAGAAUGAAUCAACCUCAGUCUUAUUCUAGUCACCCAGACAGAUUCACUGGCUGGCCUCAGGUCCUGAGUAGAGAGAGUCUGACUGGACGUUGUUACUGGGAGGUGGAGUGGAGAGGGAGAGGAGUUUAUGUAGCAGUCACAUACAAGAAUAUCAGCAGAGCAGGGAGCUCAUAUGAAUGUGUAUUUGGAUUCAAUGACAAAUCUUGGAUGUUAAAUUGUCACACAAACAGUUAUAACUUUUAUUACAACAAAGCCCGCACUCCUGUCUCAGGUCCUCGGUCCUCCAGAGUUGGAGUGUACCUGGAUCACAGUGCAGGUAUUCUGUCCUUCUACAGCGUCUCUGAAACCAUGACUCUCCUCCACAGAGUCCAGACCACGUUCACUCAGCCUCUCUAUGCUGGACUUCUUCAUUCUGGUCCUAAUGGAGAAACUGCGGAGUUCUGUUAACUCACAUGGAGGUCAGGCGAUAUCAGAGAAAUGUAACUUCUGUUUGAUGUGAACAGAUGUGGAUCACUCGUGGGUGAAGUUUAGCUUUACAGGGAUGAUUAAAGUUAGGGUAGGCCUUCAGGUGUGUUGUUAAUCAAAUGUAGAAAGUGUGUAUUAUGUGUACAUUCAUUGUAGACACUGCGGAGUCAGUAAAGUUGAUAAUCAAUAAUGUGAUUUUCUUUCUGUAUGUCAGCUAAUUACAGAUCACUGCCUCGUCCUCUGGAAGCAACUUUAAUUCUUUAAAUUUUGAUUGAU